AUGGAUUCCUUGGCUGUCACGCUACCACAGUUCCGGCCCAAGCUUCCCCAGUCUUAUCUAUUUAUCGACGACACACGGAUCCAAGCCCCCCAACCGGUUCCACUCCAGCCCUUCUUAGACGACAUUGAUGCAUGGGGACACAAAUAUGGCCUCGAACAGGGUGUCAUCAAACUCUGGGUACGAUCUACUGACUUGCGACCCGCGGCGCCAACCCUCCGCAUAAAAGGUGAGCUUAUCAUACCGACGCUCGCCGAUGCAUCUUGGAACACACGUUACCUCCCCCCUGAAGAUAUUACCCGGAGUUCCCACUCCCCCACGAAAUAUCAGGGAUCAAUCUCGCCAGACAUGGAAUCCCUGAUUGCAGCAUUGUCUCUUGGUAUCGCCUCCUUCCGCGCUUAUGGCUUCCGUGGCUUCAGCUGGCGACACCCCUGCAAUCGGCUGGUGCUGUUCAAAACAUUCAUUUUAUCCACGGCUACAUAUGGCCUGAACAUUCUUGUCUGGGCUCCGCCUAUAUGGAAGGAUGCGUUGGACCUCCUGUUCGAGCGCUAUAACUCAGCACUCAUACAAACAGCAGCCAUCAUCACGGGCACUAAAUAUUCUAGGUUUUCCAAACAUAAAAAGAACUUACUCCACUUUUGUGGCCUGCUCCCCACACGACCAUUCGCGGACUACCUCGGAGGUUGCCUGGGAAUACAACUCGACUCAAUGGCCAGCAUAAACCCACUCACCCCUCUGACGCAACCCGCCUGGGCCCACAACAAACCAUCAUUGCGCUUCCCGUACAGUAUCUAUGCCUACCUGAAAACUGUAUACAAAACCACGGGCGGGCACACACCCGACCAUGUAGCCAUCCGCCGACGCUGUGACGACAUUAGGAAAAACUCAACGAAACGAUGGUCCAACAAGGAGAUCGCGGCAGUUACCCGGCGCCAAUACUACUACUAA